UGUCGCUUUACGUUCCUUGCGUAGCAGACGGUUCCCCUUGAGAGGUGCCCCUGCUCCUCCUCCCUCACCUCCGCCGUUCGUUGUUUUGAUCCUGGCUAAGCCGACGACGACUAAGACGAGCCUGUCCUUGAUUGAUAAGUGUGACAUAGAAGGAUAUAUAGUUUUUUCAAAAAAUGAAUAUGGACAACAGGAGCGGAGGCAUCCUGGGGCUAGUCAGACCAUCCUACGGCGCUUCAGACCCCGGGAUGAAUGUUCCACUAACAUCUAGUCCUGGAAUGUCACAACUCUCUCCAUACCUGAACUUUGAUCCUGCUUAUCUACAAACUAGUCAACCAGAGUUUAUAUCCUUAGAGGGAGCGUCACAGAAACGAGGAAGAUUUGAAUUAGCAUUUUCACAAAUAGGAGGUAUGUGUUUAAUUGGAGCUAGUUUAGGCGGGACUCAAGGAUUAUAUAGAGGUAUUCAGGAAACGGCAGCUGCUGGACACACUGGGAAGAUUAGACGUACACAAUUAAUUAAUUACAUAAUGAAACGAGGCUCUGCAUCUGCUAAUAUGCUGGGAGUUGUUGCCUUCAUGUACUCUGGAUUAGGAUGUUUGCUUUACUAUGCCCGGGGAAGCCACGAAGAUGAGCUCAACACAAUUGGCGCUGGGACACUGACAGGCCUGCUCUACAAGUCAACGGCUGGUCUAAGGAAGUGUGCCGUUGGUGGUGUGAUUGGCCUUGCAUUGUCAGCUGCCUUUGUGGCAUUUUCAUCAAGAGAUAAAUUGAAGGAGCAGUAUGGGUCUAGAUAUAAUUACUAGUACUGUAUGUUGGAACAUUAACUUCAGUUUUGGAAAUUUUCCCUUCAUACGGAAUUAAUAAAAUGGCCAAGUUAGGUCUUUCUAACUUUCAAUGUUUAGGAAACUAUAUAUAAAAAUGUUAAUAUUGUUUUGUUUAUAUCGAUAUAUAGUGUAAGUUAUUGGCAGUUUAGAUGAUUAUCAUGCUUCUAAAGUUACUUUACAACAUGUUCUUAGUAAAGAUUAAAUGUUUUGAAUUGAUAGAGGAAAUAUGGAGUGAUGUAUCGUAAGUCUUGAAAGAUUUAAAAUCUACCCAGUUAGUUCAUUCUUUCCGAGAUACAGUAUUUAUUCCCAAGAUUGAAGAUUUUAAAAAUGCUAUUAUUUUGCAGAAUGGUUGUCGGUGAAAUCCUAAAGAGCAACAAGUUUUAUCCUUGUUUGCAGUACACUACACAUCUAGACGUAGUUGCUCUUUAUGGAUAAGUUAACGGUGCUUUUCUUGGAUUCCCAAUAGCUAUUCUAUUCUUUUUAGAAAAUUCCAGUUUUAUUUGAGAGGGAAGGGAAGAGCAUUCUAUUCCCAUCUUUAUUUUCAAGGACAGUAUCUCAAAUAAAAAAAAAAAAGGAUUAGUUGUACAAACACGAAUUAAUAAAAGUAUAUUUUAUUAAGUUGACGUACAUACGUUGUAAAUAUCGUAGCCAGGAUUUUGUAUAAAUGGAUAAAGUAAAAAAAAAAAUAGUAAA